CGGGCAGGAAAUGAGGUGACUCCUUAGAAAACAACAUCCGGUAUUAUGAUGUUAGAAUAUUAGGUUUUCUCGCGUGUGCUGAAAAAGUUCAGCAGCAGACACUGACCACAGACAGACACAUUUAAGGUUGUCACUAAAGUCAUGAUGGCGAAUCCAAUGAGUGUUCAGACUCUGAGUAAGACAUGGGAACUUAGUCUAUAUGAACUCCACCGAACGCCACAGGAGGCGAUUAUGGACAGCACAGAGAUUGCUGUGUCACCCAGAAGUCUCCACAGUGAGCUUAUGUGUCCCAUUUGUCUGGACAUGCUGAAAAACACCAUGACCACCAAAGAGUGUCUGCAUCGUUUCUGCUCCGAGUGCAUCGUCACUGCGCUCCGAUCAGGAAAUAAAGAAUGUCCGACCUGCAGGAAGAAGCUUGUGUCCAAGCGUUCUCUUCGCGCCGACCCAAAUUUUGAUGCCCUGAUCUCUAAGAUGUACCCUAGCCGUGAUGAGUAUGAGGCCCAUCAGGAUAAAGUUCUGGAGCAGCUCAGUCGACUGCACAACAAAGAGGCACUCAGCAGCAGCAUUGAGCAGGGCCUGCGCAUGCAGGCCAGACACAGAGCUCAGCGUGUUCGUAAGCUGCAUCCAGAGAGUGAAAACACUACUUUCAGUGGUGGUGAGGAUAACGGUGACACUCGUUCACAUGUCUCACAUGACUCUGCCCCUUCACACCAUACCUCUGCCCCGGCAAGCUACGCUCCAGAGGCCGGACCGAGUCGCAGUAAAAAGCAGCAAAUGUCUGAUGAUUCUGGACCUGAGGCUUUUGGAGAGAGUUGUACACCUCCUGGACAACUGCCAGGCCAUGGGCCAAGCUCAGAAAUUGAACUUAUAUUUUGCCCACAUCCCCUGCUGGUCAACAACCAACAAUACAGCCAGACAAGAUAUGUCAAAACCACAGCCAAUGCCACAGUAGACCAUCUCUCCAAAUACCUGGCUCUCCGCAUUGCUCUGGAGGACAGUCAGAGUGAAAUGCAGGCGAACAGAAACAUGGAGGGAGAGCCAGGAGCUACCAGCAACAGUAGUCUGCAGGAUGUCAGUGAAAAACAGUUCACCAUCUAUAUCAGCACAACAGGAGGACAGUUCUCUACACUAAAUGGCUCUUUGACUUUGGAGCUGGUGAAUGAGAAGUUCUGGAAGGUCUGUAAGCCUCUGGAGCUCUUCUACGCUCCUACACAAGACCAGAAGCAGCAACAGAAUCAGACCCCUCAACUGGGGCAGACGGACGAAAGCCAAGGAAAAUCAUCUUUAAACUAAAGGCGAAUAACGAUCUCUUUCUGUGGAUAUAUUCAACUGUGACAGUCUAUCAAGUUCACCACACUACUCCUGCACAAAUACAUGAACCUCCUGUCUAUACCAGUGCUACUCAAAACCCCACCACUGCACAUUUCGGAUAUAUCUCUUAUCGGACACACCCAUUUUGGGUUUUGCAGUUUCUACUAAUGAGCUGCUAAGUUAAAUCAGGUGUGUUCGAUGAGGGAGACAUCCAAAAUGUGCAGUGGUGGAAGGUCCCCAGGACAGGUUUGAGAAGUACUGGUCUAUACAACUAGUCAAUCCACACCACUGAAGGACUGGAGAUCAUGUAGAUCAGUGUUGCCCACCCAUUUUUUUUCUAGCGUACCAUAGCAAAGCAGUUACCAUAGACAAGGCAAUGAAGAUAAAUUUGUAGAAACUAAGGGUUUGUCCCAAUAGCUACACUUGUGGACACUUGAGAGUGUGCAUGGAACAGGAAUAAAGUGUGUAAGACCGUCUGAGGUCCAAAAAAUGCCAAAGCUUAGUGUCCUUAACACACUAAAUCCACACUUUCUCUAAUAUUGGAUCGCAGUUGUUUCAAACUAAGUGUAUCCCAUCAUUUAUCAUCGUCAGGAACUUACAUUGCGCAAAAUCGUGAUAUGUCAAGAAAAACUUUCCAAUGCAAGUUAAAUAAGUUAAAUAUUGCAUAUAAUUUGGCAGCAAAAAGAUGUUGCAAAGAUGUGUAUUUUGUAAAAUCUUUGCAACUGCUUUUUAUCACUUAACUUAGAAGCACCACAACAAAUUUGUCUUCUGUAACAAAUGAUCUUAUGAACAAACGUUUAUUUUAACACCAAAAAUAAAAAUAUGAAAUGUAAAUACAGCUUUGUAAAAACAAAGUUCCAUGGUUUUCACACCCACUUUGGCCAAUACAUCUUGUAAGCAGACAAGUGGUCAUGUGCAAAGACUGAAAGUGUGGGUAUUAGGACAGACUCUGAAUUUGAGUAAUUUGCAGAUGUUGUAUUGUGGCAUGUUAUAGAAUCUGAGCUUAUUCUAGUAAAAUAACACAUGUAUAAACAUUUAUGAGGAGUCAAAAAACUACCUCUGGACAGACUAUAUUGAAGGAUCUGAGGAUUCUUGGUAGCAGCCACCUGUGUGUAUAUAGCCCAAGAGAGUGGCCAUGCAUCUGUAUUGUUUCAUUUGUUUAUGUUCAUUUAUUCAUAUAAUCAUUUAAUGACUUAUUUUACUAUCACUUAAUGUAAUGCUUCCUGCUUUCCCCCUUGCCUCUUGAGCUGAUUCAAGAUGUUUCCGCUUACUGUGCAGAUACCAGACAAAACAGCUUCUGAUGGGAUCUGGGUACAUUUCUGACAUUACCAAAGCAACCCAUGCAGAUAAAUUGGUUAUGUUUGGAAACACAAAUCUUAUUUGAUCACUUGCAAUUAAUAGUGUGGACAGUCUGAAAAGAUUUGAUUUGAGAAAAAGAAAAUAUCUGAUUUUCCUGCAGUCUGAACAUAGCCUUUGUGGCACAGUGGACAGGAUCGAACCUUGGAUGACUGUUUACAAUAAUCAAAUUGACUCAAUAUAGUCUUAAUUUUUAAAUGGAAGUGAAUGCAGUAGUCAUUUUAUUUAUUUAUUUUUUUAUCUGAAUUGAUAUUAUGGGAAUGAGCGCAAUCAGAAUUAAUAGGAUAAACUGAUGUAGUGGCUCUAACUGGUUUAUUUUGGCAUUUUACCCUUGCCUUGAACAAAUGCUGCCUUGCAUUUUCCCCCCCAUCAAUAAAAGACACAUUUAUACUUCA